AUGGCAUCACUCAACGGCGCCCCCGCCGACACUGUCGCGCCCGGCCAUGCCGACACAUCCAUUACCAAGGAGGGCUUCAAGAUCACGACGCGCAAACUGCCAAUCCUCAAGGCGGGGCCCAUUGAAGAAAUGACCAAGAAGCUGGGGAUUGCGCCGCCAGAAAUGAUCUUUGGCGACAACAUGGUUCGAAUCGAGCAUGCACAGAGCGGCUGGUACAUCGAGUUCAAUGCCUUCGAUGCGCUGGACCGAGUCGACAAGACGGGCGAGAACAUGUUCAAGGUCGCUUAUUCCAAGGAGUGGCAGCAGAACCGGCAGAAGCAGUUUGAAGACAUCAAAGAAGUCGUCAAGCCCUUUGACUGGUCCUACAGCACCGACUACAAGGGCACCACCCCCUUGACACCCGCAUUCGAGCCGACCGAGACGCAAAUACCCCUCGCCCUGCUCAAGCGUCCCGACCCGAUACACUUCUUCGAUGAGCUCGUGCUUUACGAGGACGAACUGGCUGACAACGGCAUCGCCAUGCUCUCCUGCAAGGUGCGCGUGAUGCCCCAGCGCCUGCUCUUGCUUGUUCGCUUCUUCAUGCGCCUGGACGACGUGGUUUUCAGAAUCCGAGACACCAGGAUAUUCAUCGAGUUCGCAGACAAGGUCAUCUUGAGGGAGUACACGGCCAGGGAAGAGAAAUAUGAAGAGGUGCGGAGGAAGUUGGCCGGCAGGAAAGAAGAUGUACUGGCCGCCAUGCGGGAUCCGAAUCGGUUGACCGAACAUGUACCUAUUGUCGAGCACAAGCUAGAGGGACUGCAACUAAACGGCUUCGUGCACGGUCGAUUCUGCGCGUCGGCACAUGCAGUCCGCUUGCAUGUCAGAAAGGUAAACUCCAUGCCAGCACUUCCUAUUGUGACGCGCACAAUGGCUUCCAACUCUUACGGCGAGGGUCUGUUUUCCCCUUCAUCACAACAACAACAGCAACAUGACAGAUCACAACAACAUGACGGUUCCUCCCAACUAAACAAGGAGGAGGAGGUAGUCCCCCUUGAACAGGUUGAUACCUCCACUUCCUCCGAAUCCUCACACACACGACAUGGAUCCAACGACGAGUCGAAAAGGGUCAAGAGAGUGGGAACAUCAUCUUCAGCCGACCAUAGAGCCUCCAUGGGCCUGCAACGUCGGAUGACCCGGACGGAAAUUGACGAAGACGGAAGGCGAGAACUAGUACGCAUCUUCUCAACAGCAUCUGCAAACGUCACUAGGCAAUUAAGUGUUCCGGCGCCAAAUGACCCAGCGGUAGACCCCAGCAACGCAGCUUUCGAUCUCUCCAAGUUUUUGAACAUGCUCCGCCACCAGUUUGAGGGAGAAGGUGUUGAGAUGAAGAAGCUCAGUGUCGCCUUCAAGAACCUUAAUGUUUUCGGUUCUGGAAAUGCUCUUCAGCUCCAGCAGACUGUUGCAGAUGUGUUGAUGGCCCCCUUUCGGGCCAAGGAGAUCUUUGGAAAGUCUGAACGCAAGCAAAUCUUGCACUCAUUCAACGGUCUAAUCCGAGCUGGUGAGCUCUGCAUUGUGCUUGGUCGACCCGGCUCGGGUUGUUCUACGCUGUUGAAGGCUCUUACUGGCGAACUACACGGUCUCGAUACGGACGACUCAGUAAUUCACUACAACGGCGUCCCCCAGAAUCGCAUGGUUAAAGAAUUCAAGGGUGAAAUGGUAUACAACCAGGAGGUUGACAAGCAUUUUCCUCACUUGACCGUCGGCCAGACUCUGGAAUUCGCGGCAGCUGUCCGAACACCAUCAAAUCGCCCAGCCGGAGCGAGUCGGGACGAAUUCGCUCAAUUCAUGGCCAGGGUUGUCAUGGCUGUCCUUGGACUUACGCACACAUACAAUACCAAAGUUGGAGAUGAUUUUGUACGCGGAGUCUCUGGUGGCGAGCGCAAGCGUGUCUCCGUUGCUGAGAUGCUGUUGGCCGGAGCUCCUUUGGCUGCAUGGGACAACUCAACUCGAGGUCUCGACUCGGCUACAGCAUUGAAGUUUGUCAACUCUCUAAGGAUCGGCUCUGACUUGACUGGAGGUGCAGCUGCGGUUGCCAUCUACCAGGCUAGUCAAAGUGUAUACGACUGCUUCGACAAAGCCACAGUUCUCUACCAAGGACGUCAGAUCUACUUUGGCCCUGCGGACGAAGCCAAGGCCUUUUUUGAGCGACAAGGAUGGUACUGCCCACCUCGACAGACCACGGGAGACUUUCUCACAGCCGUCACCAAUCCAGAAGAGCGAAAGCCGAUAAAGGGCAUGGAAAAUAGGGUUCCUCGCACUCCUGAGGAAUUCGAGAAGUACUGGCUCGAGUCCCCAGAAUACCAGGCCUUGCUAGAAGACAUUGCCGAUUUCGAGGCGGAGCACCCAAUCAACGAGCACGCUACUCUUGAGCAGCUUCGUCAACAAAAGAACUACAUCCAGGCCAAGCAUGCUCGCCCCAAAUCCCCUUACCUUAUCAGCGUUGCCCUACAGAUCAAACUCAACACGCGACGAGCCUACCAGCGCAUCCGCGGUGAUAUCGCUUCGACUGUAGUGCAAGCCACUCUCAACCUCAUCAUCGCCCUCAUUGUCGGUUCCAUGUUCUACGGUCAAUCUUCGGGUACCUCUUCAUUCCAAGGACGUGGUGCCACCAUCUUCCUCGCCGUCCUGUUCAGCGCCUUGACAUCUAUUGGUGAAAUCUCCGGUCUCUACUCCCAACGCCCUAUUGUCGAGAAACACAAUUCGUACGCAUUUUACCAUCCAGCUUCCGAAGCCAUUGCUGGAGUCGUCGCGGAUAUCCCGGUCAAGUUUGUACAGGCUGUGUUUUUUAAUAUCAUUCUGUACUUCAUGGCUGGUCUGCGUAGGACGGCUGGGCAGUUCUUCAUCUACUUCAUGAUCACGUACAUGUCGACCUUUGUCAUGGCCGCUAUCUUCCGGACGACUGCUGCGGUUACCAAGACGGCAGCACAGGCCAUGGCUGGAGCUGGUAUGUUGGUGUUGGUCCUGGUUAUCUACACUGGUUUCGUCAUUCGCAUCCCGCAGAUGCCUGACUGGUUUGGCUGGAUCAGAUGGAUCAACCCCAUCUUCUACGCUUUCGAGAUUCUGCUCGCCAACGAGAUGCAUGGAGUUGACUUUCCCUGCGACUCGCUUGCCCCAUCAGGACCUGGCUACGCGCUCGAUGGCAACAACUUCAUCUGCAACGCACCAGGCGCGGUUGUUGGACAAAGGUUUGUUAACGGUGAUCGCUUUCUCGAGGUCUCCUACCGGUAUUCUUGGAGCCAUGUAUGGCGCAACUUUGGUAUUCUCUGGGCAUUCUUGAUCUUCUUCAUGGCCACCUACUUUAUUGCUGUCGAGAUCAACUCUUCUACAACCAGCACCGCCGAGCAGCUCGUCUUCCGCCGUGGACACGUUCCAGCCUACAUGCAACAAGGGAAAAAAUCGGACGAAGAAUCUGGACAAUCUAAGCAGGAAGUACCGGAAGGAGCUGGCGAUGUAAGUGCCAUCGAGGAGGCAAAGGGUAUUUUCACAUGGCGAGACGUUGUCUAUGACAUUGAGAUCAAGGGUGAGCCUAGACGUCUACUGGAUCAUGUCUCUGGAUAUGUAAAGCCUGGUACUAUGACUGCACUUAUGGGUGUUUCUGGAGCUGGAAAGACGACACUUCUCGACGCUCUCGCUCAGCGAACGACCAUGGGCGUCAUCACCGGCGACAUGUUUGUUAACGGCAAGCCCCUUGAUCCUGCAUUCCAACGCUCCACCGGCUAUGUUCAACAACAGGAUCUACAUCUCGAAACCUCUACCGUUCGCGAGGCACUGCAGUUUUCCGCUAUGCUUCGACAGCCCAAGAAUGUCAGCAAGAAAGAGAAAUUCGACUAUGUCGAAGAGGUCAUCAAAAUGCUCAACAUGUCCGACUUUGCCGAGGCUGUUGUUGGUGUUCCGGGCGAGGGUCUCAAUGUUGAACAGCGCAAGCUUCUGACUAUCGGUGUUGAACUCGCAGCGAAGCCCAAACUUCUUCUGUUCCUCGACGAGCCCACGUCUGGUCUUGACUCUCAGAGUUCCUGGUCCAUUGUCGCCUUCCUCCGCAAACUCGCCUCAGCCGGCCAAGCCAUCCUCUGCACCAUCCACCAGCCCAGCGCCAUCCUCUUCCAAGAAUUCGAUCGCCUUCUCUUCCUCGCCCGCGGCGGUAAAACCGUCUACUUUGGCGAGCUCGGCGAAAACUCCCGCACCCUCCUCGACUACUUCGAGUCCAACGGCGCCCGAAAAUGCGGCGAAGACGAGAACCCCGCCGAAUACAUGCUCGAGAUCGUCAACGCCGGUAAAAACGACAAAGGAGAAGACUGGUUCAACGUAUGGAAAGCCAGCCAAGAAGCCCAAAACGUUCAGCACGAAAUCAACCAGCUCCACGAAUCCAAACGCCACGACAACGUUAAUCUCGCCAGCGAAACCGGCUCCUCGGAAUUCGCCAUGCCGCUCGCCUUCCAAAUCUACCAGUGCACAUACCGCAACUUCCAGCAAUACUGGCGCAUGCCCAGCUACGUUAUGGCGAAAUUCGGCCUCUGCGCAAUUGCCAGUCUCUUCAUCGGAUUCUCCUUCUACAAAGCAAACACCACGCAGGCAGGCAUGCAAACCAUCAUCUUCAGCGUCUUCAUGAUCACCACCAUUUUCACCUCGCUGGUCCAGCAAAUCCACCCUCUGUUCGUGACCCAGCGCUCCUUGUAUGAAGUGCGUGAGCGCCCCUCGAAAGCGUACAGCUGGAAGGCCUUCAUGAUUGCGCAUAUUGUGGUUGAGAUUCCCUACGGUAUCAUUGCAGGCCUUAUUACGUUUGUGUGUUUCUACUACCCGGUCGUCGGUGCGAACCAGUCGAGCGAACGCCAGGGUCUCGCACUACUAUUCAGCAUCCAGCUUCUGCUCUACACGUCCACCUUUGCCGCCAUGACCAUCGCCGCGCUGCCAAACGCCGAAACGGCAUCCGGCCUCGUCUCGUUGCUUACGCUCAUGAGUAUCCUGUUCAACGGUGUCAUGCAGCCGCCGAGCCAGCUGCCUGGCUUCUGGAUCUUCAUGUACCGCGUUAGUCCGUUUACGUAUUGGAUUGCGGGUCUGGUCAGUACCAUGUCCGCGGGUCGUCCGGUCGUGUGUAGCGCGAGCGAAGUGUUGAGGUUUGAUCCGCCGUCGAAUCAGACGUGCGGCGCGUAUCUUAGUGCGUUUGCGGCGAAGGCCGGGGGCGCGAUUCAGAACCCGGAUGCUAUGGCUGAUUGUCGAUACUGUGCGCUCAAGACUACGGACCAGUUCCUUGCUGGAUCCAGGAUUUUCUACUCCCAGCGCUGGAGGAAUUUCGGAAUUGUGUUUGCGUUUAUUGCUUUCAAUGCUUUUAUGGCGGUUUUGGCGUAUUAUUUGUUCAGGGUUGCGAAUUUGAGUACGCUAAUGGGUAGGCUGAGGGGAUCGAAGAAGAAGGAGACGGCGGAGAAGACGGCGGAGAAGGCGGCGGCGCAGACUGGACAGCCUGUCGGUGGCAUUUAA